AUGGGUGACGCAACCAGUGACAACCGAUACGCGUUCUCACGUACGCAACCCAUUUCACCACCUGGGUACGUCGCUUCAGUAACAGGAGGUGCCCCUGCGCACCAAAAUGCGUUGGUGAGAGGGGGACACACCGUGCUGCACGCGGCAACAACGCCAACAACCUCCACACAGGGGGUGUCGAUGCCUCACCAGGGAUCAGCAUUAAUGACGAACAAUCCUCCCACGCGUUCGCAGUUUUUGGCGCACAGGGAAGGCUUUCUUACGCAGCUGCGGGGGCGUUACGCUUCAGCGCCAACGGUGGCUCCACCUACGGCGAAUGAACGCUCUUUCCCUCGCUGGGAUUCCUCGUUCGUCAAUAACAAUAGCAACGAUAGCAGUCACGCGGUUACUGUCUGCGUUGGCAGUGUUGAAGAUGCUCCACCUCAGGGGUAUUUUUUUACUCCAAUCUCAAUAGGUAAUCCGGCGGAGAAUGCACCGUUUGCAUCUUCUUUCCCAUAUUCCACGACACCGGUGUUGGGGCGAGGACCAGUAGAAUCAGCAAGAGCAAUGGGGGGCAGAAUGCCGUCGUCGGAGACAUCUUUCCAGCAGCGUGUUAAACAUUCUCCUUCGUUAUCUUUACCCUUUGAUGCCAUGCAUGGGGUGGCCCGUCGGUCGCCUGGCUUUGCCGUUCCCUAUUCUUUGAAUGGCUUACCUCAAUCGCAACGAGGUGAGAAAGCUGGCACCCAAAGCAACAGUGUAUAUCCGCCUUUUGUGAGUUACGGGGGAACCGCGGCACCUUCGCAUUAUAUGGACCCAAACAUGCACGGUUUCUUCUUACAAUCUCGGCAAGUCCCUCAAACUGCGUGGAAUGUGGCUGCACCUGCCUUGAAUGUAUUGCACGCAUCCCUUUUUUCGGCGGAAAGAGGCUCGUCUGCUCCUCAACAUGAUGCUGGGAUACCGCCGCCGCCGCCAUUGCCAUAUCCGGAUCAACCAGAAGAGCAAAUGCGAUCGUAUCCUCGGGAUACUGUUGGCGAACCAUUUAUGGCAGCAAUAGAUCCGUCAUUGCAGCGGGUGGGGCAGCGGCAUCAAAAUCCCGCUUUUUGGGAGUUGUUUGAGCGAUUAACUUAUCGACCGAGCAGCCGCCGCCGCCGCCGUGGUACCGCAGCUACUGGCCUGCAACAGCGAAGCGAGCAGAGUCGUGUGGGAGGGAACCCUCCUGCCGGCGGAUGGGUUCGCCCAUUUCGUCACUUCGCCCAAGCCGCACCGUCAGUCAUACCAUCUAUUUCUUCUGUUCGUCCUCGCUCAGGAACUCCUCCACCGCCUCCAAUCAUGUCAUGGGAGAUGCGCAACCCAAGAGCCACGUUGCAUUUUGCCUUAACUCAUCGAGUACCACGCCUUAGUGAAAGUUAUCUUUUUGAAGCUGCCCAUUCUCCUGAUGUGGACAAUAUGUCGUAUGAGGAGCUUUUGGACUUGGCGGAAAGUAUUGGGCGCGUCGAACGUGGUGUACCGCGUGAAAGGUUGCUAGAGCUAAGGGUAGUGCUGCAACCAAUUCACUUUGGAGUGACGUCCCCAUGUCGAGUAACGACUGAGCGAACAGAGGAGGCACUGUCGCCACGACAGGAGUUGCAACAAAGUUUCUCAACGCGUGAAGAUGAGUGUUUAACCUGCUGUGUGUGUCUGGAUUCAUUUGCAGUCGGCCACGUGGCCACGCAGCUUCCAUGCUGUCACCACUUUCUGCACGAGGGGUGUGCUUCUCGUUGGUUUGAGAGUCAUUUUCGAUGUCCAAUCUGUACGCGUGAUGUACGCGACGCAGAACAUUAG